GGCAGUGUGAUUUUCCUGCAGCAGUAAUUGUUGUCUCUGUAUCUUGAAUAUGUCUGGUGUUCUUGGUGGAGAUGGUGGUACUGAUCCUCAGAAGCUGGAGGGCAGGAAAGAUGAAGAAUCUAAGCCAAGAGAGUUCUUCUGGGACAGUGUUUCUCUAUAUGUUGUCGGAGUGAUAGUUGCUAUUGCUGCAAUCGAUGUUGUCACUGAGUUUAUUCGUGGGAGUGCUGUGUCUUGCUUUUCUCCACCAAGCCAGACAGUAACUGAAGCACAGGAGAGCUAUAUUAACAAUUUUUGCUCUGCUAGUUUGCCGUUGACCGAGUAUUUUCCAGUGUUCAUAGUAGUUCACGCUAUUCUUAUUGCAAUACCUCAUUACCUGUGGUUGAAUCACUAUGGCGGAAACUUUGAGUUCUUCUUUGUUCAAGUCAAGGAAAUGGAUCGCACUAGAGAUGAGAAGACGGGUGACUACUCAGACAAGAAUCGAAUCAUUAUACAGCAGCUCACUCAAGCUUUCACUACAUACCAGCAGAACUGGAUGUUUGUGGUCUACGUACUCAAGCUUAUACUACAGCUCCUUUUAACUGUUGCCGGAUUUUUGGCUGCAAUAAUUGCUUUUACAGACUUCAACGAAACAUUCAUGUGUCCGAGAAAUGCAAACAGCACAGCUGAUCCCUUCUGGCCAUUUGAGACUCAGGUGGUCUGUGUGUUCACUUCAUUGCGACUAUUCUCAGCUAUUCGUCUAGCUGAUUUGAUCCUCUUAGCAAUUCUCAUCAUGUCGUUUAUCUGGUCUCUCAUCUGGUGUGCUAGUACUCAUCCCACAGAGCUCUCCUCUGAUGAAGCUGCACUCUUCUGUUUUCAUUCCUCAAUGGCUCCAGAACAUUACGUACCCAAGUUCCCAAUAAAAGGAUGCUUGUAUCCUGUCAAAAGAUGCAUGCAAAGUAUCUUCUCCUCGGCUUCAAUGAUCGGCCGUGGUCCAAUGAUUAAGACCAACCUUGAUUUCUUGGUGUUAAAAUUAUUUAGGACUGAUAGUGGAUUGGGAUUUGUGUUUAGGGAGAUGCAAAUUCUGGAGAAGAUACGUCACCAUAACGAGGAUGAUCAGCGAAGGACGAACCUCCACAAGAGACAACAACAAGCAAAGACACUCGGAGAUGGAGAUUUGAUCCGCCCAACCGAAGUGAAAGGAUUCAAAGAGGACCUAAAAUGGAGAUUCACAAAAGUUGCAGGAGAAAAAGGAAUGUUUGACAAGAAUUUUGACCGCCUACUCUCAUCAGAAACACUGGUCCUUCCUGACUCUCUAAGAGGAUGCAUUGUUGGCCUGUCAGCUCUGGCCCCAAAUCAUGACCUAGCUCUGCUGAUCAACUUUGGCUCUGUCUCUCUGGGUAUACCAAGUGCGUUGUCACGGAUCUUCAAUAAGGUGGGGGUGGUGAACUUUAACCCAUACUUCAAGCAGCCAGAGUUGACUGGCCCACCAUUUGAGAGCAAGGCGUAUGCUUCUGACAUUGUGGAGGUCAAAUAUCCCGAGAAUGUGCUGUCUUCAGAGAUUGAAAAAUCCAGCGAUUUUCCAAAAGGUCUUGAGGGUAUCUGGGGCAUUAGUAACGACACAGCUGACCUCAUUAUAGUGGCUCCAGUGGACAACGAGUUACACAUCUCUACAAUUUCAUUGUUUCUGGCCAAGAUAGCCAAGAUCCCCCAGCCCCCACGAUCAAGGUUUAGUCAGGGAUGCUUACUGGUUACAAUCCAUCCGAGGGAAGUGGCAGCCAUGCAGACUGGAAGACAAUUCCACACCUACACACCACCAAGGAAAUAUUUUGAGCCAUAUCCUCAGAAGGUCCACCUGGAUGAAAUGGCUGGAAACCUUGAGUGGCCGCCUCGAGCCCCGCCCACUGAACCUGAGGAGACCACUACAUCCUCCAUGCUUGAUCUCAGAGUACUCUGUGGAGACUCUCACAGCACGUUCACCUUUAGCCUGUAUCGCUACCCCCCAGGCUAUGCCCCCCAGACAUCAUCCCCUCAGGGGAGCAGAGGAGCGUACACCGCUGUCAGUUUCCAUAGCGACAGAGAGGUGGGCAUGAGCUCAUCUGGACAGGGACCACAAGAUCGCACUAAGGUCAACUACACAGAAAUCAAUGUGCCUCAAAAUGUGUAGUGAAACUUUAUAUAUAGUAAGUCAACUUUAUAUUAUAGUAACAAUUAUUGAACAUCAAUUGUUCUUGUACAAAUUAAAAUUAUAUUCACAGUAGCAUGUAUAUUUGAUUCAAUUGUAAUUGUUCAGUUAUUAUUAUCAA